UCCCUCCCCGCCCGCCUAGCAUCAUUCUCCCCUCUCGUCAGAGGAGGGUGGACUGAAAGCAGGAGAAGAUACUCGCCCACAUCCUAAAAACCAAGAAGAAAACUAACGUUACGGGACUCGCCUUUACAUUUUUAUUUUAUUUUGGUGUGUAAGUUCCUGUCGUCUGCAAUGAAGUCGUCAAACAGUCGUCCCUCCAGAGUGGCUAGAAACCCCUUCGUUCACAAGCUCAAAUUCACCAUGACAGAGAAAAUAAAGAUAGGACUGAUGUCAGUUACAGUGUUUCCAGUUCGGCUGCUGCUGGUGUCCUUCCUCAUGCUGCUGGCGUGGCCCUUUGCCUUCACAGCCGCCCUGGGACGUUCUGAUUUUGUCAUUGAGCCACAGCCAUGGUGGAGGAGGUUUAUUGACCUGUGUCUACGGGUGAUCAUGCGAGCCAUGUGGUUUUGCGGAGGUUUCCAUUGGAUCAAGGUGAAAGGGGAACGGGCGGCAGCCUCUGAAGUUCCCAUCCUCACCGUGGCACCACACUCCUCGUACUUUGAUGCCAUCCCAGUCACCAUGACCAUGUGCUCCAUAGUCACCAAACUGGAGAGCAAGAGCAUUCCCGUCUGGGGCACUCUGAUCAGCUACAUCCGGCCGGUGUUUGUGUUUCGGUCGGAUCAGGACUCCAGAAGAAAAACCGUGGAGGAGAUCAACCGGCGAGCCCAGUCCGGAGGGGAGUGGCCUCAGAUCAUGAUAUUCCCAGAGGGGACGUGCACCAACAGGUCGGGGCUCAUUUUGUUCAAGGCUGGGGCUUUCAUACCAGGACUCCCAGUGCAGCCUGUGGUGCUACGCUACCCAAACAAACUGGAUACUGUUACAUGGACGUGGCAAGGACCCGCAGCGUUCAAGAUCCUCUGGCUCACUCUGUGCCAACCUCAUAAUCCCAUGGAGAUAGAGUACUUGCCUAUCUAUACUCCAUCAAACGAGGAAAAGAAAAACCCAGCCCUGUUUGCCAACAACGUCAGAAAGCUCAUGGCCAAAGCACUGGAGCUGCCACUCACAGACUUGUCCUUUGAUGAUCGUGAAAUCAUACUCGCACGAGGCCCACUGAGCAUAUAUGACCUCAGCAGCCUGUUGGAGUUCCACCAGCUGGUGUGCCGCUUGGGGCUGCGAGCAGGAAGGACAGACAGAGUGCUGGAGGAGCAGGCCAGGAGAGCCAGAGCGCUGCGGGGAGACCGGCAGACUUUAGAGGACUUUGCCCAGUUCCUCAACCUGCCAGUUACAGACACGCUCACACAAGUCCACAGCCUCUUUGACCAGCGUGGAGACGGGCACAUUGACAUCAGACACUAUGUCAUUGCUCUGUCUACUGUUCACCGACCAUCAAAGUCAAUGGAGACCCUCAGGUUGGCCUUUAAGAUGUAUGAGAGCGAGGAGAACGGGUACAUCCUAGUGGAGGAACUCGCCACCAUCUUGGAAAUAAUGUUGGGAGUGAAAGAAGUGGAACUUUCAGGUCUGUUUGGAGCGCUUGACAGACCUGACUCAGCGAAGAUCACAUACGAUGAACUUCAUCAUUUUAUAGAGCAGCACCCGUACUUUGUCCAGGAUUUCCUAGAUUUUGAAAACCAUCCGCGCAAACUCGGACCACCGAAGACCUGCAACGGCCAAAAGCACAACAAAGAGGACUGAAGAAUGGAAUAUAAUGCAACCAUUCUACUGACUCUCUCCUCUAGCCGAUGGAACAGCAUCUCCAAAUGCUCUCCUAGCACCUCUGUGCCUUUAAACGGUAAAGAAAGAAAUAGACCGAGCAUUACAGUGAGGAUAGAUCAGUGCAGCACAGGAUGGAAUCGCUUAUCUCAGCUCUCUUCUGAACUGUCUUUUUACCUUCCUUUGUAUUUCUGUCCCAAGUAUGAUCUAAAAUAUCCCUGUUUUUUGGGCCGCAGAUAUAUUAUUUAUUUUGUACAUUUAUAUUUUAUGUAUUUCCUUUUAGCCCUUUUGUCUGAUCUCAGACAAAUGGGCAUCCUGCUGCUAUCAGUGCACAUAGAAACCUAAUUUCAGGUAAAAAGGAUCAGGAUAUAAAUCAUGCCGCCAUUCUGUGCUAAGCCAGAUAAGACACUAAACUA